AUGAAGAUCAACGAGCUAACAGAUCAGCUUGAGAAGUGCGGUCGUCCUGCCACUUUGCUGGCUGACGAUCUGUUGACAAAAGAUAGAGGAAUCACGUCCCGAACAAGUGAUGUGCAAAUCCGCUAUGACAAUAGUGCCCAUCUUCCUCGCAUUCAUUCGCUCAUGCCGGCUGAACUUCAAACCGUGCCGCCUUCAGGCAACGCAUCAUCGGAGCCUAUGGAUCUUCUGGAUUUCAGUUCAAUGGAGGAUGAUGCCUCCGCUACUACCAAAACCUGGACUCCCCAAGAGUUCGGGAGUUAUUUCGUGACCGAUCAGUUAAAUCUCUUGGCCCGAAUUGCGGAGGCAACGCAUACCAAUAUCUCCAUUGUUACCAACUCCGAUCCUCUUCAAAUCAGCCUGGUUGGAUUGACAGCGGAAGAUGUUGAUGAAGCGUUGGAAAAACUUCAAGCGACCCUUGCAUUCAUUGGUUUGCUCCAGGAACCGCUGAGCGAUGUUGUUGUCCUCGGUUCGAACGAUGAGAUACCCCGAUAUCAGAUGAAGAAGUUGAUAGAAACCAACCGUGCCACCGGAGAACGUCUCGUCGAGGACCUCAGCAUGAGACAAAACCCGAAGACCUUGAUGAUACCAUAUCCUCAGGCCCCGGCCAUUGUAACCAUAUCCCCAAUGCCACAAGCUGCCACGACCAUACCUCAACAAAGUCCUCUACCUGCACGAACCCCAUCUCCGGCUACAUGGAAUCAGUCUGAUUUUCCAAAGCUGGGAACUCCUGCCCCAAAGAGCUCCCAGCAGAAUAUCUCUGGAUGGCCUGCUUCAUCUACACCAAAUGCUGGUCCACGUUUCCCACCCAGGCAACCAUUCCCUCCAGCCAGAGGGAUGCAAUCCAGCACCAGACCACAGGUCAAAACCGCUAUCGCUCCACAGUCUGAGAUAGGGAAGUUUAAUUCACCCAAAUUCUUGAAUAUUAGGAAGACCCGGAAGCUUGCAAAUGUGACAGAUGAGAACACAGGUCCCGGCGGAUUGUCUCCCUCGUCGCCUCUGGCUUCUGCCCCCGUCAUUGGGCCCCAACAAGAGCGUAGCCCAACACCUGAAACGACUAUAUCGUCAGUGCCUAGUCGUGGAUCUGAAUUGCGCUCCCCGUCGCCUGCUUCACUACCGUCUGAAACCACCGCUCCCAACUCAUCUCCUCCUACCCCUCCGCCUGCGCGAUACGCUUCACGACCCGGUAGCCCGGAGUCCUUUGUAACCGUUUCGAGACCGGAAUUCAACCCUGGAACUCAUGGUCGACCCGCACGUGUCCGGUUUCCCACAAGUUUACCUAGCGAUGCUGCCACUCUGGCAGUUGGGAAGAGACCUUCAGGUAACCUCGAGAAACCUGGAAAUGUUCGUCAACCAUCAAAUCCGAUAGCUACUCCAUUGGUCAGACGACCUGCCGAGCCUGCUGCAUUGAAUUGGCUGAAACCUCCCGUCGGUUUGCCAGUUCCAAGUAUUCCAGAGCGCUCCAGCUCGAAACGACCCCCGGUUCCCGCAAAGCCCCCAAAGCUUCGUGUGGUCUCUGGAAAUCUAUCAACUGCUCUGAAGGAUGUCCCUGAAUCCCAGACCCUUGUCGACUUCAAUGCGAUGAAUGAUGAGACGAAGCCGGCCAAUCUCUGUUUGACUGGCGAAGAAAUGACUGAUAAAAAAUGUACAACAGACACUGUGACAGGUAACGACCCUCCAUCUUCUGAAAAACUUUUUGACGUGGAUGACAUAUCAUUCUACAUGGUUGGAGACGAGCCGAUUAUCCCAUGUCUUGAGCUUCCAAUGCCCGGCCCCCCGGGAACUGUGUCCUCGGAACCAGUGAAUAAAAAUGCUCAAGAGCAAGCUCGCGACCAGAAACAGGAAUCCAAUGUGCAGAUGGCCAUGGACUAUUUGUGUCGCGCAAUUCAGAUCAACGGGUCCACCAGUCCACCAGAGAUCGCCGAAACGCCCGAACCGCGAGACUCAGCCGAUGAUUCUCCUCAUGAAGCCUUGGCUGCGGUGUCUGAAUUAGAAACGCGAGAGCUGCACACCGCCAUGAAUCAGAGGUCCGCUCGGCUUGAUAUUGAUCAGGAGAGCAAGAACCAAGCAAGGGCAGAGUCAAAGGCUCGACACUUAGCCAAAAAGAACGACAUGUGGGGCCUGGUUACUUUCCAUCAUAGUAACGUCGCCAAGGCCAAGCUGCUGGAAAAGGGUGGUGGUUCAUCGGAGAGAUCGUCUUCGAAGCAUAGUACGAGUAAGCGGUCCAGGUCGAAAGAUCGUACAAAAACAGUCUUUCAUAUGCUCGAGCCAGUGCUUACUGCUGCGAGAGCGUUUCCUGGUCGAAUCGCUCUGGAGGUCCAGAUAGGUUUGAUGCUAGUUCCUCCCAACCAGCCAUCUGGAAUCAUGGACCUAAACGGGCUUCGCAGAUACUUCAAUCCCAAUACUGGUCUUCCGCCUCCCAAACCGUUCUUGUCCAAUCGCCUGGCGAUCGACGAAGGUGGUAUUGACCAGCUCAUUGAUCUUCGAGUUGAUGGCUGCCGUAUCUUCGACGAGGAACCUUUCGAAGAAACCAUUGACUGUGAAUUUCACUGCAUCCUGCCAAAGGUUGACACUGUGGAAUCCUUCCUCGUCACCGUGUUCAACGACGAACCUGCAAGAACCACCGGACCCAAUUUCCCACUUGGAAACAUUCAUCUGAAUUUCCCGGACAACAUUUGGGAUGCGGCGAUUGUUCUAACCGGCCAAUCACCCUUCGUCAACCUCGACGAGAAAACCAAAGAAGGCAUUUUGAAAAUGACCAAGGAGUUCCGCAAGAUCUUCUCAGGCGCGGAUAUUAAGAUUGAGACGACCGCGCUCCCGCCCCCAGUCCAGAUUAAGAAGAUUCUGAUGAAGCGAGUCUCAAAAUACCGAUAUCUCCGCGCCGGCGACAAGGAAAAAAAGGAAGAUCUCUACAUGCGCAUCACGGAGAAUCAAGACUUGGUCAUCUCUUACUCAUUUGAUAAAACAACCAUCAAAGCCUACUGUCCCUCGGAAUCUGACAAGGUUAACCGUCCACACAGCUGGCUGGAGGUCUCCCUCAUCAGCUCGGGAACAGAAGAUGCUUUGGAAUCAAACUGGAAGCUGGAGGUCGGUUCUCAAACCUCCAAAUGGAACACGGCUACACUCUUUGGGCAGGGUACGGCACCCCCCUCGUCCUCCGCCUCGAGCUCCAGCUCCCCUGAUCUUAUUGAUGCACCGGGCCUGUGGUCUCUUUUUGGCCUGACUGAAAUCGUUGUCAAGAAUAUCGAUGAGAUUGGAUCUCGCAAGGAGACAUCUGCUGCGGCGCCAGAACCUGAAGUAAAUGCACCAUCAAAGUCCUUGGUUGUGACCGGGAGCUCUGGCCAAGAUCAGAUCAAAAGCUUGCGCCUGGAUGGUGGUUCUCGACUUAAAGAGCAUGAGGAAAACCCUCACGAAUUGCGGUACUGGUAG